CAUUACCAGACCCGCCCGGGCUGGUGUCAACCACAGGCCGGCAGCCGUGUCGGGUGGCUCUCCUUCUCCUCCAUAGUGAUCAGCAGAAUCCAAGCAGGGAAACCCAGAAGACUGGGAUGACGACUGAAAUCCAGAGCAAGCCCAGAAUCCUCUGCCUCCACGGAUUCAGAACGAGCGGUGAAAUCUUCAAGAAACAGGUCGGAAAGUGGCCGGAGAGCGUUCUCGGUCGGUUGGACCUCGUCUUCCUCGACGGGGCUUAUCCGGCAGCCGGCGAAUCCGGUGUUGAAGGCUACUAUGAUCCUCCCUACUACGAAUGGUUCCAGUACAGCGAGGAUCUUGGAGAAUACUACAACUUUGAUGGAUGUAUUGCCUACAUAGAAGAUUAUAUGGUAAAACAUGGCCCUUUUGAUGGUCUAAUGGGGUCUUCCCAGGGGGCAGGUAUUUGUGCAGCAUUGCCUGGAAUGCAAUUGGAUGGGGUGGCACUCACCGAGGUUCCCAAGAUCAAGUUUGUGAUUGUAAUUUCAGGGGGGAAGUUUGGAGGAUCAGAAAGGGUUUUGGGGGGCAAAUAUGAUGGAUUGAAGAUUGGGCUGCCAAAGCUGGCUGCUAAUGCGUUUUCAUCGCCACUCAAGUGCCCUUCCCUUCACUUUAUAGGUGAGACAGAUUUCUUGAGGGCUACCGGGAGGGAAUUAGCAGAAUCAUUUGAGGAGCCAAUUUUUCUUCAUCAUCCUGAGGGCCACACAAUUCCAAGACUUGAUGAGAGAGGCUUGAAGACGAUGCUCAGCUUCAUUGACAAGAUUGAGACUAUAGAAAAGUAAAGAACUGCUCAAAUUAAGCCCCGAAUUGCUGUGCAUUAGCAUCUUCACACGCGAUCAUCAACUGGUAUGAUCAAGAAAACUGCAAUCCUACAUCAAUUUGAAAUAAAGAUUUGAUUAUUGUACUAAAAAUACAUCUCAUUUAGAUGAUCCAACAAAAGUGGUAUUGAUUGACAUAUGAGGAAACUGCGCAUCCCUGGUUGAAGGGAAGGAAACUAUCUAUUUGUUAGCCAAAUAGUUCGAUUGUUGAGAUAUUGAGCUAAACUUUCUUUUGGUUUUCU